UGUAUUGGCGAAGGAGCAUAUGCAACUGUAUGUUCCGCAGAUUUCCAAGACAGAACGUAUGCAUUAAAAAUAUUAAAAAUUUACGGAGGCGAAUCCUUUGUAUCCGCUGGUUAUAAUUCCGAAGGUGAAUCCUUUGUAUCCGCUGGUUAUAAUUCCGAAGGUUUCAAGAACUUUAGGCGUGAG